GACGAUGACGUCGAUGUGAUCCGGAUUAUCGGUCGUUUCGGGAUCUACCAUGGCAUCGUCAUCCUACUCGCCUGCACCCGUGCAUACCCAAUGGCGUGGACAAACAUGAUGUCCCCGCUCAUGGCCGCUGAUGUCCCCCAUUGGUGUGCCCCACCUAAUGAAACGAUAGCUGCCACUUGGUGGAAAGACCACGGCAUCCCGAGAGACCACAGAGGUACACCUGAAGGAUGCCGGAUGUAUCGAUGGAGCAGCGAAUCGGGCCUCGACGAGAACGAAACGAUUCCGUGUACUCAUGGUUGGUCAUACAACAAGGAAGACUACGGAGAAACCGCAACGUCCGAAUGGAAUUUGGUCUGCGGAGACUCGUGGAAAAAAUCCGCCAUGCAAACGGCUGUGAUGGCCGGCUCCUUCCUCGGAGUAAUUGUCUUUGCGAAGAUUUCGGAUCGCUUCGGCCGUAAACGAGCGUUCGUCGCCGGCAUCUGCGUUCUCCUCACAUUCGGCAUCUCAGCAACGUUCGUCCAGAGCUUCCUCUUUUUCAACAUCUUCAGAUUCAUCAUGUCAGCUUCUGUAUCGGGGAUCACAGUGGCGGUCACCACACUGUUCAUGGAAAUCAUGCCGGAGAAAGAUCGAAUCUACAUGAACGUGGGUUUCGGUAUCGGCUACGCCAUCCCACUGAUGUUCAUUCCUCUGCUAUCGCAUUUUCUGCGAGAUUUCCGCCACAUGCAAUUAGCGAUAGGAUUAUCGGGGUUUUUCUUGGUUCCGUAUCUCUUCGUGUUGGAGGAAUCUCCGAAAUGGCUCCUGGCGAAGCAUCGCCUCCCGCAAGCCGAGCGUAGCAUAGUUCGCAUUCUAAAACGGAACAGACGACCUAUCCCAAACAUGAGAGAUGUUAUGGCCAAAUUAGCGGUACACGCAGAAAGCGAAAACGCCAAGAAAAGUUCAAAUUUAGGUUACGCGGAUAUGUUUAGAAUUCCGAUUCUGAGACGCAACAUCCUCUACUUGGGGGCUUUAUGGUUUUCGGGCUCUUUCAUGAGCUACUACAUGGCGCUGAACGCGCACAGGCUACCGGGAAACGCACAUCUCAACUUCGCCAUCUCGACCUUCGCGGAAUUCCCCUCGGCUUUUGUGGGCAUGUAUCUCCUACGGAAAUGUCGUCGACGGCAGACGCAAAUGUACAACCUGAUCUUGGCCGCCAUACUUUUCGGAGGAGUGUAUUUCUUGGAUGAUUCCUAUCGGUGGUCGAAAAUUUAUGGUAGUACGAUUGUCCGAUUCUUCAUAUUCACGCACAGCUUCGUCAAGUGGACCAAUGUUCACGAGAUCAACCCGACACCUGCCCGGAGUGUCGGUUUUGCAAUCGUGAUGAUGUGCUCAAGAAUGGCUGGGAUGCUGGCGCCUUUCCUGAAAGAUUUCGGAGACUGGACCCAUCAUUCGACCGUGUACAUAAUUUUCAUGGUUCUCACCGCAGUCAGUGUGUUCUGCGUGACGAAGCUGCCUGAGACUCUCGAUAAAAAACUACCGGACACGAUCGAUGAUGUCGAGCAGCUACUCAAGGAUACGCACCGCAUAGGACUCAAAAUUCCCCUGUCAAAAUCCAUCGAAGCUGGCGGGAGCGAACGGCAGAAUUUGGCCUCAGGCGAUUCUUGUAAUCCAUUGUAUAGAGGAGAUUCGAAAAGUCAGAUUCAGAAAUCAGUCGCUCGACCACCGGGGCCCGAGUUGGAGUCUAGCACGGGCCCGUCACGUGCUCAGACCCCCCCUCUUUCGACUCCGAUCCUCAUCACCGUUGUGCCCAUACCCAUCGGAAUCGUGUAUAUGCUGAUGGAGGAUGACAUCGAUGUCAUCCAAGUGAUUGGUCGCUUCGGCACCUACCAUUGUAUCGUCUUACUUCUCGCAUGCACCCGCGCAUACCCCGUGGCUUGGACGAACAUGAUGUCUCCUCUCAUGGCCGCCGAUGUCCCUCAUUGGUGCGCUCCUCCUGACGAAACGAUAGAUGCCGCUUGGUGGAAAGAUAACGGAGUUCCAAAAACACCCAAAGGUACGGCCGUCGAAUGUCUUAUGUACCGAUGGUCCAGUGAAGCCGGCCUUGACACGAACACCACGAUUCCGUGUAGUCAUGGUUGGUCAUACGACAAGGAAGACUACGGAGAGACCGCCACCUCCGAAUGGGACCUGGUGUGUGGCGACUCUUGGAAACGAUCCGGGAUGCAGAGUGUCGUGAUGGCCGGCUCCUUCCUCGGGGUAAUCGUCUUCGCGAAGAUUUCGGAUCGGCUCGGACGGAAACUCGCCUUCAUCUUCGGCAUCGCCCUCCUUCUGACAACAGGACUCUCAGCAGCUUUCGUGCAAAGUUUCGUGAUUUUCAAUCUCCUCAGAUUCCUCUUAUCUGCCUCCGCGUCGGGAAUCACCGUUGCCACGACCGCGCUGUUCAUGGAAAUUAUGCCGGAAAAAGACAGAAUAUACAUGAACGUGGGCUUCGGAAUGGGCUAUUCGAUUCCACUCAUGUUCAUACCACUGCUCUCGUACUAUCUGCGAAACUUCCGUCACAUGCAGUUGGCGAUAGGACUAUCGGGUUUUCUCAUAAUUCCAUACCUCUCUGUGCUGGAAGAAUCCCCUAAAUGGUUGCUUGCCAAGCAUCGACUCGCCGAGGCCGAAGAGGUCAUUAAACGGAUUCUAAAGCGGAACAAACGACCCAUUCCAAGCAUGAAGGAAGUAAUGACCCGGUUGGCGGUUCACGCCGAGAGUGAGAACGCGCAGAAGAGUACGAAUCUUGGGUAUCUUGAUCUAUUGAGGGUACCGGUCCUACGGCGGAAUAUUUUCUAUCUGAGCAUCCUCUGGUUCUGUCAUUCAUUCGUCGUUUACUACAUCGCAUUGAACGCCCAUAGGCUACCGGGAAACGCGCAUCUGAACCUCGCGAUCUCAACUUUCGCCGAAUUCCCAUCGGCCUUUGUGGGAAUGUACCUAUUGAGGAAAUGUCGUCGGCGCCAAUCGCAAUUCUUCAACUUCAGCACAGCUGCCGUUGUUUUCACUGGCGUGUAUUUCUUGGAUGAUAGCUAUCGGUGGACGAAAGUGGUCGGUGGUUUUUUCGUUCGAUUCUUCAUCUACGUGCAUGGCUUUGUGAUGUGGACCAACGUCCACGAGAUCAACCCAACGCCUGCGCGGAGCGUCGGUUUCGCGGUCACGAUGAUGUUCUCCCGGACGGCGGCCAUGAUGGCGCCUUUCCUGAAGGAUUUCGGUGACUGGACCCAUCACUCAGCGGUCUACGUUAUAUUCUUGGUGCUCACGAUAAUUGGGGUCUUCUGCGUGACUAAAUUACCUGAAACACUAGAUAAGAAACUACCAGAUACCAUUGAUGACGUCGAACAACUCCUCAGAGACACUCUAAAUCCGAAACUCAAGAGCGAAAAAUCUUCUGCGUGA